AUGUUGGGACGGAAACAAAGUUUGAAAGGUGAACCAAUACUUGCAGACUAUGGCCCAGAAGAAUCACUAAAUGAAAGUGCUGAUAUAGAAUGGGUGAAUAAGUUAUGGGUCAGGCGAAUAUUAAGAUUUUGUGCACUUUUAAGUUUAAUGUCAGUUUCCCUUAAUACUCCAAAAUCAUUCGAGAAAUAUCCAUACCUUCAGAUCACAACAUUUGUGGUUGACUGUUGUGUUACAUUACUUUUCACAGCGGAAAUGAUUGCAAAAAUGCACAUCAGAGGAAUCUUGCGGGGUGAUGUUGCAUACUUAAAGGAUCAUUGGUGCCAAUUUGAUGCUUCUAUGGUGUUUUUCCUCUGGGUGUCAGUGCUGUUACAAAUGUUUGAAUUGACAGGAAUCGUGCCAAGAUAUAGUUAUCUGAGUAUACUUAGAGCUCCAAGACCAUUAAUAAUGAUUAGAUUCCUACGAGUAUUUCUGAAAUUCUCAAUGCCAAAAUCAAGAAUUAACCAAAUUUUUAAGAGAUCAAGUCAGCAAAUUUACAAUGUGACAUUAUUUUUUCUUUUCUUCAUGUCACUAUAUAGUUUGUUGGGUGUUCAAUUUUUUGGAGAGUUAACACAUCACUGUGUUAGAAAUAAUACAAAUCCAAAUGAAAUAACUAUAAACUCAUUAGCAAUUCCUGAUACUUUCUGUUCACCUGAACCAAACUCAGGUUAUCAGUGCCCAGCAGGGAUGAAAUGUAUGAAGUUGAACUUAUCUAAGUAUAUAAUGGGCUUUAAUGGUUUUGAAGAAUUUGCUACAAGUUUAUUUACUGUCUACCAAGCAUCUUCACAGGAAGGUUGGGUUUUUAUUAUGUACAGAGCAAUCGAUUCUUUGCCAGCAUGGAGGUCUGCCCUUUAUUUCAGCACUAUGAUAUUUUUCUUGGCUUGGUUAGUCAAAAAUGUGUUCAUAGCUGUGAUAACUGAAACAUUUAAUGAAAUAAGAGUUCAAUUUCAACAAAUGUGGGGAGUUCGAAAUCCAAUAACGAAGGGAAGUACUACGCAAUUCUUCACUGGCGAUGAUAAUGGCUGGAAGUUGGUGACCAUUGAUGAGAAUAAACAUUCAGGUAGUGCUCCCGAAAUAUUCCACAAAAUGUUGCGGUCGGCAUAUUUUCGUCUUAUUGUUAUGGGAGUCGUAUUGGCCAAUGGAAUUAUUACUGCUACUAUGAAUUUUAAGCACGAUGACAACCCUAGAGAGUUUUUCUAUGAAAAGUAUUACUAUAUUGAGAUUGCAUUUACUGUCUUUUUGGAUUUGGAAGCAUUGAUAAAAAUAUGGUGUUUGGGUUGGAAGGGAUAUUUUAAACAUUCUGUUCACAAGUUUGAAUUACUUCUAGCUGUGGGAACUACUAUUCAUAUAAUUCCGCAACUGUACAUGUCUGGUUUUACUUAUUUCCAGGUUCUUCGUAUUGUAAGGCUCAUAAAAGCCUCCCCACUCUUAGAAGGUUUCGUUUACAAAAUAUUCGGGCCUGGCAAAAAGUUGGGCAGCCUUAUAAUAUUUACCAUGUGCUUGUUAAUUAUAAGUUCCUCCAUUUCUAUGCAGUUGUUUUGUUUCCUCUGCGAAUUCACUAAAUUUGAAACAUUCCCUGAGGCAUUUAUGUCUAUGUUCCAAAUUUUAACACAAGAAGCAUGGGUGGAAGUAAUGGACGAGACAAUGGUACGCACGAGUCAAACAUUGACUCCGUUGGUCGCCAUAUAUUUUAUUUUGUAUCAUUUGUUUGUCACGCUGAUAGUGUUGUCACUGUUCGUCGCAGUAAUUUUGGACAAUCUGGAAUUGGAUGAAGAUAUAAAAAAGUUAAAGCAGCUUCGGUACCGCCAGCAAAGUGCAGAAAUCAAGGAAAGUUUACCAUUCAGGCUAAGAAUUUUUGAAAAAUUCCCAGAUAGCCCUCAAAUGACGAAGUUGCACAAAGUUCCAGGGGAUUUUAAUUUGCCAAAGGUACGCGAAUCGUUUAUGCGCCAGUUUGUAUGCGAAGUGGAAGGAGAGGAAGAAACGGGAGUGACUGGCGCUGCAGUUGGAGGGGCGCGCUCCGGCGAUCUGUCACGGAGGGCGAUAGAAUACAUCGGUGUAGAUAAGAUAGCUUUUCCUUAUCGAAAACGAUGUCUUGUAAAAACUCUUGUGGUGGCUCCACCAUCACAACGCCCUAGUUCUGCGUUACGUCGUCAUGUCGUUGCUUCAAUCAUAAAUGAUUCGAAUAAUCAUCGUCGCUUAGUACUCGGAGAUUCUGCUAUGUUGGCAACAGGCGGAAAGUCGGGGCUGAAGUCGCAGGGGACUAUAUCCAGUGCUAAACAAUUACGAGUUGACCAGAAAAAGUUCGGUUCACGUUCAAUACGGCGGUCGGUGCGCAGUGGGUCGCUAAAGCUGAAGCAGACGUACGAGCACUUGCUGGAGAACGGCGACAUCGGCGCGGCCUCGCGCGUCGUGCCGUCGUCCCGCGCGCGCCCGCCCUACCUCGACAUACGCCUGCUGCAAGCCAAGCGGCAGCAGGCCGAGAUGAGAAGGAACCAGCGCGAGGAGGACCUGCGCGAGAACCACCCGCUGUUCGACACGCCGCUGCUGCUGGUGGCGCGCGAGUCGCGCUUCCGCAAGCUGUGCCGCGCGCUCGUCGACGCGCGCUACGACGCGCGCCUGCGCGACCCCGUCACCGGCAACGAGCGCAAGGUGCACUACAAGAGCUUCCAUAAUUUCCUGGGUCUGGUUACCUACUUGGACUGGGUAAUGAUCAUGGUGACUACUCUAUCCUGUUUAUCGAUGAUGUUUGAAACGCCAACAUAUAGAGUUAUGGAGAACUUCGUACUUCAGAUCGCGGAAUAUGGCUUCGUUAUAUUUAUGAGUCUUGAACUCGCGCUUAAAAUAUUAGCUGACGGCUUGUUUUUUACACCUAAGGCGUACCUUAAAGAUGCUGCUGCUGUAUUGGAUGUGUUUAUUUACGUGGUUUCACUGACUUUCCUAUGUUGGAUGCCAGUGCGAGUUCCACCGGGCUCUCCGGCGCAGAUGCUUAUGAUUCUUCGCUGCGUGCGUCCUCUACGUAUUUUCACGCUUGUACCACAUAUGCGCAAGGUGGUUUACGAGCUUUGUCGUGGUUUUAAGGAAAUACUUUUGGUAUCUACCCUCCUCAUUUUACUGAUGUUCGUGUUUGCAAGUUAUGGGGUUCAAUUGUACGGUGGAAGGCUUGCGCGUUGCAAUGAUCCGACGAUCACGAAUCGUGAAGAUUGCGUGGGCGUAUUUAUGCGACGCGUUUUUGUCACCAAAAUGAAGAUAAGACCUGGACCAAAUGAAACAUUUCCAUCAAUGCUGGUGCCUAGAGUAUGGGCAAAUCCAAAACGAUUUAACUUCGACAACAUUGGCGAUGCACUUUUGACAUUGUUUGAAGUACUCUCAUUCAAAGGAUGGUUGGAUGUCCGUGAUGUGUUGAUCAAAGCUCUUGGACCCGUUCAUGCUAUUUACAUACACGUCUACAUAUUUUUGGGCUGUAUGAUUGGAUUGACUUUGUUCGUGGGUGUUGUAAUCGCAAACUACUCUGAGAACAAAGGCACCGCUUUAUUGACGGUUGAUCAGCGACGAUGGUGUGAUUUAAAGAAGAGACUGAAAAUUGCUCAGCCGCUUCAUUUGCCUCCUCGACCUGAUGGCAGGAAGAUUCGCGCCUUUGCUUAUGACGUCACGCAAAAUUUAACAUUCAAACGGAUCAUCGCUAUCGUUGUCCUCAUUAACAGCGCCUUACUGGCUGUUACGUGGUCGCGGCACUCGGCGAACACGGAGCGGCUGGCGCUGACGUCGGCGCUGCUGACGCUGGUGUUCGUGGUGGAGGUGGUGCUCAAGACCAUCGCCUUCACGCCGCGCGGCUACUGGCAGAGCCGCCGCAACCGCUACGACCUGCUCGUCACCGUCGCCGGCUGCAUAUGGAUCUUCAUGCACUUCACGCUCAAAAACGACCUAUCGUACUUUGUGGGAUUCAUGGUGGCUAUUCUGCGUUUCUUCACAAUUACGGGGAAGCACACGACAUUGAAGAUGCUGAUGCUGACUGUGGGCGUGAGCGUUUGCAAGAGCUUCUUCAUUAUAUUCGGCAUGUUCCUCCUGGUGUUCUUCUACGCGCUCGCUGGCACGAUAGUAUUUGGCAAUGUUAAAUACGGCGAAGGAAUCGGAAGGCGUGCGAACUUUAACUCGCCAAUACACAGCGUGGCGAUGCUUUUCCGUAUAGUGACGGGUGAAGACUGGAACAAGAUCAUGCACGACUGUAUGGUAGCGCCGCCAUACUGCACGCCCGCAGACAACUACUGGGAGACGGACUGCGGCAACUUCACCGCCUCGCUCGCAUACUUCUGCACUUUCUACGUCAUCAUCACAUACAUUGUGCUCAACUUGCUUGUCGCUAUCAUAAUGGAGAACUUUUCAUUAUUCUAUUCGAAUGAAGAAGACGCUUUGCUGUCCUAUGCAGACAUAAGGAAUUUCCAAAAUACCUGGAAUAUUGUAGAUGUACAUCAGAAAGGUGUUAUACCUGUACGCAAGGUUAAGUUCAUCUUACGAUUGCUGAAGGGUCGUUUGGAAUGUGAUACACAUAAGGAGCGUUUGCUGUUCAAAUACAUGUGCUACGAACUCGAGCGUCUGCAUAAUGGAGAAGAUGUCACCUUCCAUGACGUCAUCAAUAUGCUAUCUUACCGCACAGUCGAUAUCCGGAAGAGUUUACAAAUGGAGGAAUUGUUAGCUAGGGAAGAGUUCGAAUUCUUGAUCGAAGAAGAAGUUGCCAAGCAAACCAUACGUACUUGGCUCGAAGGCUGCCUCAAAAAAAUACGAGCCAACAGCAGCAAACAACAAACAAGCCUGAUUGCUGGUUUGAGAAAAACGAAUGAACAGAUUUUGGACAUACCCAACGAGAAAUCAGAAAAAGAGAAACUAGAUACAGAAACUCAGCAAGUGGUUGCCAACGCGGGUCGUACAGAAAUAACAGAGUCUACUUCUCAACCGAUAAUGUCAAAUAUGACCUCUUCGUUUGACUCUCAACCAAAGCGAUCGUCAACAAAAGGACAAUUCAAAAGACCUGGCUUGUCAUCAGUUACACUACCCAGACCCGAAAGUCCCGUUAAGAAGUACCUCCAGCCGACGUUAAGUGAUCCUCAUCCUACUUUAAAUAAAAAAUCGCCACCUGCAAUGAAGAACAUCGUGCGCGUGCACAACAUGGGUACGGCGACGUGCGGUGCAGGGGCUGCGGCCGGGGCCGGGGGUGCGGGCGGUACUGGGGUUGCGGGGGGCGCCGCGGCGGGUGCGGCGGGCGCGGGCGGCGCGGGGGGCGCGGGCCCCGCGCUGCACCAGCUGCACGACUGGUGGUGCGCGCACCUCGCCGCGCCGCGCCACCCAGACUAA